CCCCCGGCCAGCCCACUGCCAGUCAGUCCAGCAGAGCCACUGGCCACGUCUCAAAACACCGCUUUGUACACAACUGGGCAGUGGAAGUAGCCGAGCAGCUGCUGUCCGAGGACAGAGAGGAGGAGACGACCGGAGGGUGUCGGGACAGAGAUCACUGCGCACCGGCUCCGUCGCCAGGCAGCACGACCGAAAACAAAGCUAAAGUUUCCAUGGGACCGGUGGGAGGAAGCUCGCGGACGCACUUUUUCAGGACAAACCAUCAAUAGAUUCGGUCUUCUGGUACAAAACAAAUUAGACACGUGCGGAAACUAACGGUUUGUUGGUGGCUAACUGCAUACGGAAACCUGAGGCAACACAGCUCCACAGAGGACGAAAAAGAAAAAGAUCAACAUUCAGCACGAGAGACCAGAGACUGACAGUGAUCCUCAGCCAUCAUGCCCCGCUGCAGAGUGAACCUCAGCACCAUGAUUUUCCUGGUGAUCCUGCAGGGGGCAGCAGUGGUGCUGUUCUGCGGCUGGUACGUCCAGCUCAGCCCCUGCGGCUCUGCCCCCUCCAAUGGCAAAGUUCACGUUCUGCUGCUGUCAUCGUGGCGAUCAGGCUCGUCCUUCGUGGGUCAGGUGUUCAGUCAGCACCCAUCUGUCUUCUAUCUUAUGGAGCCAGCUUGGCAUGUGUGGACCAAACUGCAGAAAUCUGGUGCGCGGGCACUCCGCAUGUCUGUGAGGGAUCUAUUACGGAGUGUAUUCCAGUGCGACUUGUCUGUGAUGGAGGCCUACCUGCCAGAGCACCACAAUGUGUCCUCCUUGUUUAUGUGGAGUCACAGUAGAGCCCUGUGCUCACCACCGGCCUGUGCUCUCACGCCACGCAACCAGUUAAGCAACCAGACUCUGUGCUUCCAGAAGUGUGAUGCUAUGGGCCUGCAGGGGGUGGAGGAGGCCUGUGGCACUUACAGUCACGUGGUACUAAAAGAGGUGAGAAUCUUUGAACUAGAAUCCCUCUACCCGCUCCUGCAGGAUCCAAGCCUAGAUCUCCGCAUCAUCCACCUGGUCCGAGACCCUCGAGCUGUGGUGCGGUCCAGAGAGGAUUCGGCCAAAGCCUUCGUGAGUGAUAACACUGUCGUCUUGGAGCAGAGAAGCAUCCCAGCAGCAGAAGUGCAGUAUCAAGCCAUGCAGGAGAUCUGUCGUAGCCAUGUGCGCAUCAAUGAGAGGGCCAUCCUAAAGCCCCCUGCAUUUCUAAAAGGCCGCUACAAAAUGGUCCGCUAUGAGGAUGUGGCAAGCAACCCACUUGGGGAGAUAACGGCCAUGUAUGACUUUGUUGGCCUGGAGAUGACAACACAGUUGGAAGAAUGGAUCUACAGGGUGACUCACGGAAAAGGCAAAGGCUCCAAGAAAGAGGCCUUCAAAAUCACAUCAAGAAAUGCUGCUGAUGUCUCCCAGGCUUGGCGUACCAUGCUGCCCCACAACAAGGUCAAACGUAUCCAGGAAGUGUGUAAAGGGGCCAUGUCAUUGCUCGGGUACAGGACGGUUAACAGUGAAAAAGAGCAGAAGAGACUUGACAUAGAUCUACUAGUGCCACAGGAACCGUAUCAGUUCAGCUGGUUGCCAUCUAAAACUGAGCACCCUAGUAAUGCUUAAAAGGACAUUCUAGUAUUUGAAUGACAAAGACACCUAAGAGACUACAUUGGACUGAAGUCAUGUACUGAGGGAACUCUGGUCCGAGGUUAAAGCAUAGAAUCGUGGCGAAUACACACCUCACACUGUCAGUGGAGUAAAAUAAUUAAAUGUGAAAUGACAGCACCUCAAUAUUGUAUGACAGUACAUCUUGUACCGAGACAGACAAAUACUGUAUCCCACACAUUUAAAAAAUAAACUGGAAAACACAUUCACCUAGACCCUUUUUACACCUGGCAGUAACAUGCGUCAGAUCAGAUCACAAGUGGACAGUUCUGAAUACUAAUGUAAACGAGCACCAAGACGCGAUGUGAUCUGAUUAUUCAACCACUUGCCGAGGUGGUCGGGGAUACAUUUGACCACAUAUAUUGUGUAGUAUAAACGCUAAAGAGUCCUGAUGACAUAUCAUGAAAAUAUGUCAUCAAAGCUGCAGCUUUCGUUUUGUUCUUCCCUUUUCCUCAUCUCUAGUUGGUUCUCAAAUUGCUUAUGAAGGUAAUAAAAUAAUAACACGGAGGCUCCGUAGUCUUAACCAAAGCCACAAACUCUUUAUUGCUCCCACAUUGUCAACAGCAGCUGCAGCGCAUUACAGCCUCACUUCUUGCGUUCUGGCCUUUCGCAAUAAAAGCCCUAGACGUAUACACUGCAUCACUGCUUACCAGGAGGAAUUCACUCAGAUCAUUUAGCUAAGAGGUAACAAAAUAUCUUACCAUGCCAUUAAACAACUUGGGUUGGCACAACACAGUCCUUACAAUUCUGUUCAAAGGAUUUUGUGAUUGUGUUACAAUGUAUUUGUGAACCAGACACAAUAUUAAUUUGCAUGCCAUGACAGAUACAUGGUCUGGACAAAAACAAAGGGGCUGUAUUUCUUUUAAGCCAGCACUCUUAAGUAGCUUUCCACUUUGCAUCGGAGCCUGAGUUUUACACAAUGCAAGCAUUCUGGUGGUGACAGGCAGAGCAUAUUUAGCAGUGCAGACUCCCUGCCAGUUCUGCUGCUGCCAUCGGUCAGUGUGUACCAGCGAACUAAUGUGAACUCACUACUGCAUUUGAAUCCACAUUGUUUGAAGCUGGGCAUCAUGCCAUCAGUGUCACCUGAUCACUCAUGGGCUCUUUUUGCUUCCAUUUGAAACCAAAGUGUAAAGUAGCUUACAGUUCAGUAGGAGCAGUCAUACAUGAUAGCGGUCAAUGUUCAGUUGUUUAGGAGUUAUAUUAAGAUGUUAAUGUUAACUGUCUAACUGUAAACCUGCUUUCUGGAAUAUCACACUUAUGUUUGUUUACAGUAAUUGAUAUUGAUCAUUGGUUGAUUAUUGAUUACACUGAUACAGUAAAUUACUAGUGUAUUGAGUAGAGUACCUUUGAUAAUGAUUAAGGAUCAAAACUUUAAGUCAAUAUAGAUUAAAUCAUGUUGAUUUUAAUCUUCAGAGCCAAAUUAAAGAGCCAAAUGAACUACAGUUAGUAGUUAGUACUUAGAUUCUAAAGUGCUUCCUGAUAAGAUAGUGAAUACUCUUCUUCACAGUAGUUUCCCUUCAACAUAAUUGACCAUUGAUUUAUUUUUUUAAUGUGGAGCAGUGUUCUGAUUUAAACUAUCAUCCCCUUGUACAUGUUGGCAAACCUGAGCUGUGUCCCAGUUUAACAUUACUGUACUGUAUAUUACAAUAUAAAGAUAUUUUUGCAGCAUUGUACGACACAACAUUGUCGGCAGUUAGUGUGAAUUCACUCAAAGGGUAAUACUUUAUAUUCAAUUAGAAAUGCCUACUGGGGACAGGAACCUGCUAAUGUUAAGUAAUAGUUCAAAUUCAACAUAAUACACUAAGUCUACUGUGUUGAAAGGGUUAUGUCUGUAAGAGUUAAUAAUGCUAAAGACGAGAGUCUGCUGCUGUGCUCUGUGUGUCUGCCUGAGACGUAUGGAAUGCAUAUGGAACAUAUGGAACUGUGUUCGCUGAGUACAUUGUGUUCUCUCAGUGUGUGAAGAACAGUUGGUAUGUAUGAAUUUCCUAGUAGACAAAGAUUUAUAUUUUGUGCUGGUUUGUCAGGUAUUCCACCCUUUGCAUUAAUACAAAUCUGUUUAGAAUACAGUGUUUAACAGCUGUGUUAUGGGUAUUGUUAGAUAAAUUAAUAUUGGGAGUUUUUCCUUUUUUGCUUCUUAAAUCAAGCACUCAUUAACACCUAUGGUUCUUUUUCACACUGAUUCUGGUACUGAAGAGUGAUGAAAUAACAAAUGAAUUUAGUUUCUGCUCUGUGAUACUUCAGCCACGUCAUACAUGUGGUUGAACUGAUUAUGUUUUAUGUGCUGACCCAGAGAACUGAAGGUUAAUGUGAUUUGUACUGUUUGUCAUACUUUGUCAUUUGUCAUACUGUGGAAUUAAUUAAAUGUUUUGGAAAACGUUGCCACCAAUUUCAUGAAGUGCCUGAACGGUUAACAUAUGUCUCUGCAAUGUUAAAAAUAUGGAACUGUUAUAUUUACCCAUGUCUCCCCUUUCUAUUAGGUUUUAGUUUGUAUGUAGUCAGUUGACAAUGUCGUGCCUUUCAGAGCUGACAGACCUGCCAGUGUGUUCUUGUAUUUAUAUGAAGAUGACUUAUAAAGCAGAAUAUAUAUGGUACUAAUGACUGCAAUAAAUAUUUACAUGUAACUUGUU